UCCAACAGAAAUAGAAUCACAAACUCAAGAAGAAUUGUCGAACUUGCAAAGUCCACCACAACCUCAAAGCCAAAGUCAGAUUCCAUCUGAAAUACAAUCUCAACUUCAACCAUUAUCCCAACUCCAGUCACAACCUCCACCACAUCAACGACUCUCCCUUCAGCCACGGUCACGACGACCACAAAUGUACUCUCAACAGCGUUUCCCAACUCCUCAGAGGCUUCAGUUCAGGCGGAACGGCCCACAACAGAAUCUAGCUGGAAGCCGAAUGCCUCAAACGAGGCGACAAAAUCCACUUCGAACCCAAAGACCUGUGCGGCUGGAGGCUUCCGUUCCGCGGGUACAACCACAGGGUGUCCGACCGAGUGUGCCAGAACGACAGACAGUCCAUCGCAACAAAGUCAAAUUAUUAAAAUCACAACGACCUACAGGGAAGGCCACGCCAAUGGACAGACAGUGGCCACAGAGACAAGACGAGUUUCGAGGUCAAAGUCGAGGUCAAGUCCAAGGUCGACCUGGAAUGGUUAGGUCAACGGGAACAUUUAGGCCAACUGGCUCUAAUUCUGGUCAGAGAACACGUGGUCUUCGGUGUUUCGACCUCGUGACGUCUUGUCGCCAUUUUGCUGACGCCAACAGUUGCGGUAAAUCGAACUUCGUGAGGCAGAACUGUCGCAGAACUUGUCAGAUUUGCUAACUUAUGAUUGGUCAGUUGAUCUGCCAAUUGGUGGUGGGAGCGGCCGUGGAACUUUGCUUAAAAAUGAUUGGUCAGUUGAUCUGGCCAAGGUCAAAUGUGAUCUGCUAAUGGUGAUGGGGAAAUCGCGAGACAGUGUCCAUGUUUUGUCUUAUCGCCUAUUUAACGAUUAUUUAUUCAAAAUAACUGUCGGUGAUUGGAUAUGACUCAGGAAGUGGGGAAAGGUUUCUCCAAGACAAUUAAAACUGAAUGGUUCAUAACGUGUGUCUAAGGAUAAUCUUGUGUAUCAGGUUCAUCAGUUAUUUCAAUAAAGAUUGGCAAA